UUGAACGAACCAGACCGGCCGACCGACCCACUCUUUCCCCAUUCCCGCCGCCGCCGCCGGUCGCCUGUCCCAUCUCCCCUAUCCCCAGCCGCGGCGGCAUGCUCCGGCUACGUAGCCGCGUCCUCGCCCGUCUCCUCUCUUCCCCGGCCACCUCCCCCGUGUCCCAUCUCCGCCCCCUCCUCUCCGCCACUGCCCCAACCGCCGGAUUCGCCGUGGAGGACUACCUCAUCUCCACCUGCGGCCUCACCCGACCGCAGGCACUGAAGGCCAGCACCAAGCUCUCCCACCUCAAAUCCGCAUCCAAGCCCGACGCCGUCCUCGCCUUCCUCGCCGGCCUCGGCCUCUCCGGCGCCGACGCCGCCGCGCUCGUCGCCAGGGACCCGCAGCUCCUCUGCACCAGCGUGGAGAAAACCCUGGCCCCCAACGUCGUCCAGCUCACCGGCCUCGGCUGGUCACGCUCCGAGGUCGCGCAGCUCGUGUCGGUCGCCGGCGCCAACCUCCGCCCCAGAUCCGUCGUCUCCAAGCUGCUGUACCUGCUGCUGCUCUUCGGCUCCUUCGAGAGCCUCCUCCGGGCGCUCAAGUUCAACUCCAACCUCCUCCAGCACGACCUCGACAGGGCGGUGAAGCCCAACGCCAGGUUCCUGCGGGAGUGCGGCCUAGACCCCUGCGCCAUCUCCAAGCUCUGCGUCACACAGCCAUGGCUGCUCACCACUGCCCCGGAGCGCGUCCGGCUGAUGGUGGCCUCCGCCGAGAGGAUCGGCGUGCCCCGUGAGUCUCGGAUGUUCAGGCACGCGCUGCAAGCUGUUGCAUUCCUCACCGAGGACAAGAUAGCCGCCAAAGUGGACUACUUGAAGAACACCUUCAGGUGGUCAGACGCCGAGGUGGGCAUCGCUGUGUGUAAGGCUCCCUGUCUGCUGAGGAAGUCAAGGGAAUUGCUGCAGCGCAGGUCCGAGUUCCUCAUCUCCGAGGUGGGCUUGGAGCCAUCCUACAUUGCCGAACGGCCGGUGAUCAUCCUUUACAAGCUAGAGGGCCGGAUGAGACCCCGGUACUGCGUUGUAAAGUUUCUUAUGGAAAAUGGAUUGCUCAAGCGUGACCCGAGCUACAAUACCGUUUUCAAGGAGAGCGAGAAGGUAUUUGCGGAGAUGUUCAUCUGCCCUCACAAGGAAGCUGCGCCUCAACUCGCUCAAGACUAUGCAACGGCUUGUGAAGGGGCAGUGCCGACUAGAUUCAGAUUUACCUGAACCAAGGACUGAGUUUUCACCAUGCCUACAAAGCUGGUAAUUCACAUUAGUUCUUCUUGCCCAAAUAGAUGUUGGGUUUCUGCCGUAUUAUGUCUGCCACAUGCUGGUUUGGUCCUUGGCAAUGCCUACGGAAGCCGAUAAUUUACUUCUUGAGCCCUGAGGUGUUAAUGCUAUGAUUACGUAGACAAGAAAGCAUCGCCUCAAUCUCUGAAAACAUGAUUAUGUUUAUGUUUCAGUAACUAGAGAUGAACUUGAGCGCCCCUUUGUACUGUCGGCAUUUGUAGGGUGUGGUUUAGACAUUGAUGCAGGUGCACUGAAUAUGUAUGUGUUGCUUAAGCUGUAUAAUCAAAACGAGAUGUAACUUCCUGUAGAAAACAAAUUAUUUUGAUCGAA